AAUUAUCUUUCUUUAAAUUCUUUAAAAAACAAGAUUAGUUUCUUAAAAAGAAAAAAAAAAUUAAAGAGAGCAAAAAAUCUAUCUUCUUCUUCUUCAAUCUUCCCCUUCUUAAUAAAGAUACCCCUCGUGCGCUUCUCUCUCCUCCAUUAAUACACUCUUCACUCUCUCUCUAUAAAUAUUCUUUAAAUUCUUGUAUUAUACACACUCUUAAAUACCUAUUUCUUGAACUUUUAUUCUUGUUUUAAUACAUAGUUUUUAUUCACAUGAUCAUGGCACUUUUUUUCUUGUUUAUUUUCUUGAUUUUCUUAUCCUCUACAAUCUUGAUUUUCCGGCGGAAUUCUCUUCCCCGGCGGCUCCGGUUACCGCCGGGGAACUUAGGUUUACCAUUUCUUGGAGAAACUUUGCAGCUUAUAUCGGCAUACAAGACUGAGAACCCUGAGCCGUUCAUUGAUGAGAGAGUGAACCGGUUUGGGUCAUUGUUUACUACUCAUGUUUUUGGUGAACCGACGGUUUUCUCGGCUGACCCGGAGACUAACCGGUUUAUUCUUCAGAACGAAGGGAAAUUGUUCGAGUCGAGUUAUCCCGGUUCGAUAUCGAAUUUGCUUGGGAAGCAUUCUUUGUUGUUGAUGAAGGGGAGUUUGCAUAAAAGAAUGCAUUCUUUAACUAUGAGUUUUGCUAAUUCUUCUAUUAUUAGAGAUCAUCUUUUGGUUGAUAUUGACCGGUUGGUUCGGCUCAACUUGGAUUCCUGGUCGGACCGGGUAUUUCUUAUGGAGGAAGCCAAGAAGAUAACAUUUGAAUUAACAGUGAAGCAGCUAAUGAGCUUUGAUCCAGGAGAAUGGAGUGAAAGUUUAAGAAAAGAAUAUGUUCUUGUUAUUGAAGGAUUUUUCACUGUCCCUUUGCCUAUUUUCUCCACCACAUAUAGAAGAGCUAUCCAAGCAAGGACUAAGGUGGCAGAGGCAUUGAGUUUGAUAGUAAUGAAGAGAAGAAAAGAAAGUGAGGCCGGAGAAAGGAAGAAUGACAUGUUAGGAGCCUUACUCGCGGCGGAUAAUGAGUUUUCCGACGAGGAAAUAGUAGAUUUCUUGGUGGCGCUACUAGUUGCCGGUUAUGAAACCACCUCCACAAUCAUGACUCUUGCCGUUAAAUUCCUCACGGAGACCCCUCUUGCCUUGGCUCAACUCAAGGAGGAACAUGAAGGCAUUAGAGCAAAGAAAAGGGAAGAAGAAGCACUAGAUUGGAGUGAUUACAAGUCAAUGCCUUUCACUCAAUGUGUUGUUAAUGAGACUUUGAGAGUAGCAAACAUAAUUAGUGGAGUGUUUAGAAGAACAAUGACAGAUAUUAAUAUAAAAGGGUACACAAUCCCUAAGGGAUGGAAGGUUUUCGCCUCAUUUCGAGCGGUACAUUUAGAUCGUGAUAAUUUCAAAGACGCUCGGACUUUCAAUCCAUGGAGAUGGCAGAGCAAUUCAGAAAAAACAAGUCCAGGAAAUUUGUUCACUCCAUUUGGAGGAGGGCCGAGACUCUGCCCAGGCUAUGAACUUGCUAGAGUAGAACUCUCUGUUUUCCUGCAUCAUCUAGUCACCCGUUUCAGUUGGGUUCCUGCGGAGGAAGAUAAGUUGGUUUUCUUUCCGACAACCAGAACACAGAAGCGAUAUCCGAUCUAUGUGCAGCGGAGAAACAAGGUAGUAAAGUGUUAGACCACAGACAGAGGAAAAGGGAGAAGGAAAUUAUUAAAAGAAUGUAGAACAGUCUGUAAUCAUUUUGAUAUUAAAUCCUAAAAUAAAACUAAUAGUAAUAGAGUUAGCAUAUGUAAAUUAUUUAAUUUAAUAUCUGGUUUAAGAGGUUGAAUCAA